AUGCUGUGCCAUCGCCAGGCCAGCGCACUUCGCGCUGCGGACCCGCAAAUCCGCCCCCUUUCCCGCGACUCCGCGCGCAGAGCUCCUCACCGCGUGCGCAUCACCGCAACGGCGCAGAUUCCCGCGCCGAGGAACGAGCGCGCGCAAAACAGCACUGCCAAUUCCGCCACUCCCUCCCCCGCGCAUAGCCCCAACGGCAGCGCCGCGCUUGAAAGCUCUUCCGCUGCUAGUGCUUCCGCCGAUACAUCCCCGUCGAAUGGCUCCGCGCGUCCCCUUACAAACGGAUCCGCGACCAACGGCAGCGCGAGAGGCACGGGUGGGGGAAACGGGGAGGGAGAAGCGGAGAGGGAGCGGGCGGCGAUGCGUGCAGCGAUGCGGGAGCGGACGAGGGCGGUGCGCGCGAGGUACGCGCGCGUGAAGGACGUGCGGAAGGAGCACAUUCCGCCGGACGUGUUCGACUACCUGCGCGCCGUGCAAGAAGUUAUUCAGGGGGAUCAAAGCGGCGAAUCCCGCGCGAGCAGCACUGCACCUGCUGCGACUUUCCCCCUGCCCUUUCCCCCGCUCCCGCUGCCCUUCCCCCAGCUCCCCCUGCCUGUCCCCCUGCCGCCGCUCCCCCUCCCCGUCCCCCCUUUCCUGGAGUCGCUAUUCCCCGGAUCCGCGGAGGCGGGCGUUGAUAGCAGCGCAGGCGCGGGGAGCGGAGAGCGCGGGGCGGAGAGGGCGGAAAGCGGGCCUCCGCGGUUCCUGUGCCCCGCGGAUGCCGUUCCGCCCAGCGACGAGGGGCUGCUUCCGCGGCUCUUCUUCCUGCCAGGUGGUGGAACCCGGAGAGCUAGGGGCACGGGGAAGGGAGGAGCGGUGAGGGGCAUCGAGGGAACGGGGUUUGGCCUGCAGCUGCACCACAAGACACUCGCCAGGCUGUUCGAGGUGACCUGUCUGCACGUGCCACUCUCUGACCGCACGGACUUCACUCGUCUAGUUGACCUGGUGGAGGAGGAGGUGGUGAGGGAGCACAAGUUGAACCCCUCCCGCGCACUCUUCCUCCUGGGGGAGUCCUUUGGCGCCCUGCUCGCCCUCGCUGUCUCUGCACGCAAUCCCAAGCUGCCCAUCACUCUCGUGCUCGUCAACCCUGCGACAAGCUUCCCGCGCUCGCCACUACACCCAUUGAUUCCAGUGCUGCGCUCCAUCCCACCGGACGUCUACCGAGUCUUCCCCUACCUCCUCAGCUUCACCAUGGGUAACCCCAUGCGCAUGGCGUCAGGGCGAGUGCCCCUAGACGCGUCGCCUCUCGACCGCCUAAUGCAGCUCCGGCAGAACCUGCUCGACCUGCUGCCCAUUCUUCCCCUCGUGGCGGACAUUCUCCCCCAGGCCACGCUCGAGUGGAAGCUGGAUCUGCUGGAGGAGGGCAGUGCUGCUGUGGAGCCGGUGCUGAAAGGCAUCAAGCACACCACGCUCAUCGUUGCCGGUGGUGAGGACCAGAUGCUGCCGAGUGAGGAGGAGGCGAAGCGGCUGCACAAGGAGAUGGGUGCAUGCACCACAGUUGUAAAGCAGUGCCCCAACUCGGGGCACACGCUGCUGCUGGAGGCAGACGUUGACCUAGCGAGCAUCAUCAAGGGCGCGGGCGUGUACAGGCGCAGCAGCAGCAGGCGGGAGGACCCACAAGUGGACGGCUUCGUGCUGCCCACCGUGGAGGAGUUUGCGCGCAGCAAGGGCGGCAUGGACGGCACGAUUCGCCUCAUGUGCUCGCCUGUGUUCCUGUCCACUGUGGUGGACGAUGAACGUGACACCACCGACCUACACAGAGUCCUCGGGAACUCCUCCCUCCCUUCCUCCUCCUUCCGUUCCUCCUCCUCCUCCACCUCCUCCCCAUCCUCCUCUUCCUCUUCCUCCUCCUCCUCUGCGCACAUCGUGCUGGGUCUAGAGGGCAUACCAGUGGACGAGCGCCCGCUGCUCUUCGUGGGAAACCACCAGACAUACGCGCCGGACCUCUCUCCAUUGAUUGCUGAGCUGCUCGCACAUGGAGUGCCCCUCAGGGGCCUCACUCACCCCGUCGCCCUUGGCAUGUUCCCAGGCGCCAUAGAGCACAACCCCAUGGCGGAGGAGUUCCGCCUCUUUGGAGCCGUGCCGGUGACGCCCAAGGUGCUGCACCGCCUGCUAGCAACAGACCAGGCGGCGCUGCUGUUCCCGGGAGGCAUGCGGGAGGCACUCAGGAAGCGGGGCGAGGAGUACAAGCUUUUCUGGCCUCACCGUGCUGAGUUCGUGCGCAUGGCGGUCAAGUUUGGAGCGGUGAUCAUCCCCUUUGCAUCGGUGGGCGUGGAUGAUGCUUACAAUUUUGUGUUGGACGCAGAUGAGCUACCCAACGUGCCGGUGUACGGGGAGAGGAUGAAGGAGUUCAUGGACUAUGUGCCCAAACUUAUGGACUAUGCCCCUACUCGUCCAAUCCAUCUUCUUGUGUUGCUCUUCUCCCACUCUCGUUUCACCUCCCUCCCACUUCUCCCCCCCACACCUCUCACCCACCCCUCUCCUCUCAACCCCUCCAGGGAGGACGAAAUAGCGGGGCCAGCAGUGGAGCGGGAGGACGAAAUAGCAGGGCCAGCAGCAGAGCGAUUCCUGGCGCCAGUGGUGCUGCCCAAGAAGAUCAACCGGAUGUACAUCAAGUUUGGCGCCCCCAUCCGCACUGCCGGCAUGCGGGAGGUGUUGACAGACCAGCAGGCAGCAGCAGCGCUGUACGCACAUGUGAAGGGCGAGGUGGAGAGCGGGAUAGAGCAUGCGGGAGGUGUUGACAGACCAGCAGGCAGCAGCGGCGCUGUACGCACACGUGAAGGGGGAGGUGGAGAGCGGGAUAGAGUACUUGCUGAGGAAGAGACAGGAGGACCCCUCUCGCAGUCUUGCCCGUCUGCUCUCACUCACCGCAGCUGCAACGCCUCUCACUUCACUACCCAUGCCUGCCGCUCCCCCUUGAUGCUUGGAAGCACACGAGCGUGCCCGUUACCACCCCACAUCAAUGCCAAGCCUUGCUGCUACUACAGCUCUGGCAGUCUUGCCCGUGCGCUCUCACUCACAGCAGCUGCCAUGCCCCUCUCCACCCACACCCGUCUCCUCUUCCCCUGGUUGCUCUGCACCAGUGUUCAGAAGCUGGCAAACGUGACGUGA